AUGUCAGCCAAUGAGGAUGAUGAUGAUGAGGAAAUGGAGGAGGAUGACGAGGAGGAUGAUCGCUACUGUCUGAUGGAAGGCGAUCAGUCACCAGCAAAGGAAACAAUCACGUCUGAACAGGCUGACAAGGUAAACAACAACAACAACAACAACAACAACAAUAGGAUUGGCGAUCAAGACAAGUCGGACGACAACAAAGUAGCCUUCGGUGAUGGUCGAAAAGGUGAAGAAGAUCACCAGCAUCAGCAACAACAACAAAGAAUAAACCUCGAAGAAGGCCAGGACCAGGACCAGGACGACGAAGAGGACGAGGACGACCAGCGAGGUGACGACUUUGAUCCCGCCGAGGUGCUGAAACGCAUGAAGGUCGAACUGAAGGAGGAGUUUGAUGAGGACGAAGAGGAAGAAAACGAAGAAGGCAGUAAUUUGAUGAUGAAACAGCAGCAACAGCAGCACCAGAAAAUGAUGUCCCUGAUGGCCAACAGUCAGCAACAGCAACAGCAACAUCGAAAAAGUAAGCACUACCAUCAUCAGCAGCACGAACUAUCAUCCUCUUCUUCAAGUCGGCACCAUUCAAAAGGAAGAGCAAUCAACAGCAGCAACUUCGGUGGAAACGGCAGCAGUUCGACUUCUGACGCCGUCCUCGCCGCCGCCGCCUUUGACCACAACGCCACUAUGGAGUACUUUCGAAAGAUCUUCACGGGAACGCUGGCUUCAACAGCAGAUCCUGCUGAAGCUGCUGCUUCCGCUUCUUCUUCUUCAAAGUCAUCACAGCUGGCGGCGUUCACGGCGGCGGCUGCUGCAGCCGCAGCAGCUUUGAGCGCUUGCGGCGACUCUGCUGGAACUUCCUCAUCUUCAUCUUUAACUUCCAUCGACGAGAGCAAGAAGCGACUCAUUCAGGCACUACUACUUAAGCAGAUGAAUGGAGGUGGUGGUGACUUUGAUUUGACCAGCGGUUUGGACGUGUCUUCGUACUUUGGCCCGCCGAACAGCAGCAGCAAAGGCUCGUUGAUGCAGCAACAGCAGCAGCAGCAGCCAACUGUGGACGAUCCUCAGCAGCGGUACUGCACCUCCUGCAACAUUCAGUUCAUCUCAGCGAAGACCUUCAAG